AUGCCCUUUGCACUCACAAUGAGCAGCAUGACCGAAAAGGUUCUCCAAAAUCCCAAGUGGCCGCCGGAAUGGCCGUAUUCCGCCGAGGAUUUCGCUCGUCAAGACGAAAGCGACGAUGAACUUUUCUACGAAAGUCCAAGGCUAGUCUAUCAUAUUGACGAUGCCGCCGUCGGAGCCCUAACGCAGUACUACGCCGAGGAGUUUAAAGACGGCGAUGAUGUCCUCGAUAUUUGCUCCUCCUGGGUCUGUCAUUACCCGAAUCAAUGGAAAGGAGGAAAGGUCGUGGGUCUGGGAAUGAACGAGUAUGAGCUCAGCCAGAAUCCGGUGUUAGAUUCGUACGUUGUCAAAGAUUUAAACAAGGAGCCAACGAUUCCCUUCGAUGAUAACAGUUUCGACAAGGUAACUUGCGUGGUCUCCGUCGACUAUUUGAACAAGCCGUUGGAAGUCUUCCAGGAAAUUGGUCGUGUGCUACGACCAGGUGGCGAAUGCAUUCUUAGCAUGAGUAACAGGUGUUUUCCCACCAAGGCCUUUCGUAUCUGGCUCCAAACGAGUGACUUGGAACACGUUUUCAUUGCUGGGAGUUUCUUCCACUACGCUGAGAAGUUCGACCCUCCGUCGGGGAAAGAUAUUUCUCCAAACCCAGGCCGUUCCGAUCCAUUGUUUAUAGUUAAAGCAGCUAAAAAGAAAUAA